AUGAGCGUGAAUACAGCACCAAUCAAGUGGGCCCAACGAACGGACUCUCUAUAUGUGACCAUUGCUCUGUCAGACGUCAAGAAUGAGACCAUAAACCUGACAGAUAAAGAGUUGCACUUCAAAGGGAAAAGCCAGGACAAGGAUUACGAGGUGAACAUUGAGUUUUUCAAACCUGUUGACGCGGAAGGAUCCAAGUACAAUGUGCUACCCCGUUCGAUUCAAAUGCACAUUAUGAAAAAGAAGGAGGAUGAGGAUGAAGAAUUCUGGCCACGGCUGCUCAAAGACAAGGCAUUGGAAAAAAAUCAAGUCAAAAUUGACUGGGAUCGAUACGUAGACGAGGACGAAGAAGAGGAAGGAUUUGAUACCAGUGCCCUGGAUGGAGGAAUGGGAAUGGGCGGCAUGGGUGGCAUGGGCGGCGGCGGUGGUGGUUUCCCUGGAAUGCCAGGAGGCAUGCCUGGAAUGGGCGGCAUGGGUGGCAUGCCCGGAAUGGAAGGAAUGGGCAACAUGGGUGGAAUGGACAUGGAAGCCCUGAUGAAACAGAUGGGAGACAUGAGUGCCAUGGGCGGUGGCCCUCCCACCGGAGAAGACGAGGAUGGCGACGAUGACGAUCUGGAUGAUUUGCCUGACUUGGAAGAGAGUUAA